AUGAUAAAAUUCAAAGGCAGAUCAAGUAUCAAACAAUACAACCCGAUGAAACCCAUCAAAAGAGGGUACAAAAUUUGGAGUAUGGCGGAUCAGAAGGGAUAUAUGUUGGCAUUGAAAGUGUAUCAAGGCAAGGAAGAAAAUGUAAGCUCAGAAUUUGAAAAUUAUGGUCUUGGUGAACGUGUCGUCCUAGAACUAACCAAAUCUGUGUGGAAUGAGUACCGUGAAAUCUACUUUGAUAACUAUUUUUCUUAUCCCAAACUUUUACAAAAACGACAUGUUGAAAGAACACUUGGUUGUGGGACUAUACGAUCAAAUAGGAAAGGAUUGCCUAAUCAAAUGGUUUUGGACAAAAAAAUGAGUAGAGGAGACUAG